AUGAAAGGGUUUCCUAAUUGCCUUGUAGCUUUGGCACUCAUGGCUUUGGCAUGCUCCAUUGCCUCUGCCUAUGACCCAGCUCCUCUGCAAGACUUUUGUGUUGCACUUAACAGUACAGCUGAUGCUGUAUUUGUGAAUGGAAAGUUCUGCAAGGACCCAAAGCUUGUCACUGCCAACGAUUUCUUCUUUCCGGGGUUAAACACUCCUAGAAGCACCGCAAGUCAACUCGGGUCGAAUGUCACUCUUUUGGACGUGUCCAAAAUACCUGGCCUGAACACACUAGGCGUAUCCCUAGCCCGCAUAGACUUUGCACCAUACGGCCUAAAUCCACCUCACACUCACCCUCGUGCCACCGAGAUUCUAGUAGUCGUAGAGGGUACUCUAUUCGUUGGCUUUGUGACAUCCAACCCGGAUAACCGCCUCAUCACCAAAACUCUAUACCCGGGAGAUGUCUUUGUCUUCCCAAUUGGUCUCAUUCACUUUCAGUUUAAUGUUGGAAACACGAAUGCUGUAUCUUUCUCCGGUCUUGGCAGCCAGAAUCCUGGGCUCAUCGUCAUAGCAAAGAACGUUUUUGGAGCCAAUCCUCCUAUCAAUCCGGAUGUUCUCAUCAAGGCCUUCCAAUUAGAGAAGAAUGUGGUUGACGAUCUUCAGAAAAAGUUUGCAGCAUAA